UCUUCGCCGGUCGCCGACAGCGGCGCCACAGCCGCGCAAGUAUCCGCGGAAACUGCGCGAUACCGGUAACAACUUAUUAUGAUACAACAUUGCCAAUAAAACUAUGAGGCCGACAAGUUUCCUCGCUAUAUUCUUUGGCGUUCUAGGAGCAGACGCGAAAGGAGCAAUCUACUUGACAACUAAAAAUGGAACAUUUCCAAUAACGCUGACAUCCUCCAAGUCCCGGGACGCUACAGCAUUGCACACUCAAAAGGUUUUAUCCGCGGCCACUAAAAAUCCUUCGCACAAUGCCUUGGAGGACCAAGACUAUUGGGACGACAGCUCGGAGGAGCUAUUGUUGUCUAGUUACAUAAACGGUUCUUAUGUUGAUGUCACCGAUUGGAGGAGAAACACCAAGAGGAGCAUCAAUGAUGCGGUCUCCAAAAACAUCACACUCGUUUUGGAAAAUCUUCUGAAGAACUACGAAAACUCGCAACUUCCGACGCACGGCAAAGGAUACCCUACAGUCGUGCAAACAAACAUAUUGAUAAGAAGUAUGGGACCUGUCUCCGAAUUGGAUAUGGAUUACUCAAUGGACUGUUACUUCAGACAGUACUGGCGUGACGCGCGACUGUCAUUCCUUGGCCCCAUACGGUCUCUAUCUCUUUCUAUCAAAAUGCUGGAGAGAAUCUGGCGUCCCGAUACCUAUUUCUACAACGGCAAACAUUCUUAUGUGCACACCAUCACCGUGCCCAAUAAAUUAUUGAGAAUCAGCCAACACGGGGACAUUCUGUACUCGAUGAGGCUCACAAUCAAAGCUAAAUGUCCAAUGGAGCUCCGCAACUUCCCGAUGGAUCGACAAUCUUGCCCACUCAUAUUAGGAAGCUAUGCCUACUCCAAUCAACAGCUGGUGUACCAGUGGCAGAACUCUGAGAGCGUCAACUUCGUUCCCGGAAUGACGCUCUCACAGUUUGACCUCAUCAGCUACCCCUACAGAAACUUUACAUUUACGAGGCGAGAAGGGGACUUCUCGGUUCUCCAAGUGUCGUUCAAUCUUCAGAGGCACACGGGCUAUUUCCUCAUUCAAGUGUACGUGCCUUGCAUCCUCAUUGUCGUCCUCUCCUGGGUGUCUUUCUGGAUACAUCGUGAGGCAACCUCAGAUCGCGUAGGGCUGGGCAUCACCACAGUGCUGACGCUGUCGACCAUAAGCCUGGACUCCCGUACCGACCUGCCCAAGGUUCGGUACGCUACAGCUCUAGACUGGUUCCUGUUGAUGAGCUUCUUCUAUUGCAUCGCUACGUUAUUGGAGUUUGCCGGGGUGCAUUAUUUUACUAAGGUGGGUUCCGGAGAGAUCGUAAUAGAUGACUCUGAAUGGGAAGAGCUGAUUGAAGAAGUGGGAGGAGAUGCGUUUGCAGCCCGUCAGUUAGCCGUGCGUCGGCGCAGCUCCGCGCGUUCGGCUACUAACUACAGCUUCACGUUGCCAGCAAACAGUGAGUGCCUCGAAGACGCCGGCCCUGCGCCAGUGGCGGCCGUGCGACUAACCAUGGAGCGCACCACGCAAACCGAGAGACGAGUGCCGCGCUGGAGACAGCUACUGUACUGCUUGGCAGGGGACGACCGCUACAGGCGGCAGAGGCAGAUCGAAGCUGGCAGUCGCGGCCACAUCAACAGCGUGUCACACAUCGACCGCGCAGCGCGCGUCAUGUUUCCCGCCUCGUUCGCGCUGCUCAACCUCUUCUACUGGCUUGUCUAUGCUUUCUCCAACGACGACUUCGCCUGGAGUGACAACCCUAUCAACACGCUUUCCCACUAAAUAUUUGACAUAUUUUUGUGAUGUCGUUUUCAAGUUCAAUGCGCGCCCAGAAUGGAAUCUCAAAUCUACUUCUAUGGAACUCCCAUAUUAGAUACCUAUUCUUCUUGCCUUUCUCUGUUGCAUUCCUAAAAGACUCUACUUCAUAUUAUUUACUCUACAACCUCUGAAAUUGUAUGAUCAGAAUUACAUGCCAAAGCUUUCACCCUACUAUUUUACCUAGGCAUACUAUUUUUUUAAUCAGUUCAGUUCAUAUAUGUGACGACGUUCAAUAUAGGUAUGUAUAGUUAACAAAUUUUACUUAAAUUUAGGUAACGAGUAGCCCUCAUCAAUAUAUCGUUAUUAAAGCAAAUCGAGAAUGUAUAAUACUAAAUAUGUAGUUAAAAUGUUCAAAAUCUAGAAAAAAUUAAAAGAUUUUAGAUUACGUACAUCUUGUAAGUAUUUAAAUGAUGAAUGGUGUUAAUGGUGAGAAUAAAAAUACCCAAAUCAAGAA